GCGUUCACAGGCGGCCACAAUUAGUUGCAAACUCCACCGUCAGAAGGAAGCACUCGCCACGCUUUUUCGAACGCUUCCACGCGCGAAAGUGUCGUCGUUUUGCGGCUGGGCGCGAGCGACUCGGCGACUCGGCGGCGCGUUGCGGGGCGGAAGAAGGCCGUCGGGAGGCGGAGAAGAAGACGUUUGAGCGCCAAGUUAAAUCGCCUCCUCCCCGCUUGACGCGCCAGCCCGCUCAUUGCGACCCGCCGCCGGCCUGCUGCGACCACGCACCCACGGAGCUCCUCCGAGACGACGAACGCCAUCGAGCUGAUCGAUGCGCUCAUUGAUCGAUCCAGCUCAUGAUCGACAUUUGCUCGUGACCGCGAGUGAACUUCAAGAGAAGCGUCUUGAGGUUGACUCCCGCCCCUUCCCCCGAAGACAGCCGGCCUUGCGAGUAGAAUGCCGGGCAGUCGGGAAGAAACGGAACGAGACGCCGAGUGUGUUGCUCCCGAGGCGGCCAACGUGAAGUCGACGAGGCCGAGGAAGAGGAAGGCAGAUGUUGCCAUUUAUUUACAUGAUGUGGACCAGGACGCGGCAUACACGACCAAGAAGAAGAAGCAGCAGCAGCAGCGAGAAUGUGAGGCGUCGUGGCAGUCUGAGGACGGCGCGUGCGCGAGUCCCCAACGGCGGACGCCCACGCUGGAGCACGACGAGGAGCGUCAGCAGCAGGUCACGUUGAUCAACGCCGGCUUCCCGCACUACAACUUCGCAAAUGUCUUUGCUACACCCGUACACUGUGCACCUCUGCCUACGCUAUGUUGGGCGUGUAAGGACGUGGUGUGGAACAACAUGCUUGCCAAGGACAAGACGUACACGCGCAACGUCAACAUGAUGGACAAACAUCCUCACCUUCAGCCCAAGAUGAGAGCCAUUCUUCUCGACUGGCUCAUGGAGGUGAGCGAAGUAUACAAGCUGCACCGCGAGACGUACCACCUGGCUCAGGACUACUUUGACCGCUUCAUGGCCACGCAGAUUAACGUCUUCAAGUCCACGCUGCAGCUCAUCGGCAUCAGCUGCCUCUUCAUCGCAGCAAAAUUCGAGGAGAUGUACCCUCCCAAAGUGCACGAGUUUGCCUACGUGACGGACGAAGCCUGCACCGAGGACGAGAUCCUCAGCAUGGAGAUCAUAAUCAUGAAGGAGCUGAAGUGGAGUUUGAGCCCGCAGACGCCCGUGUCCUGGCUCAACGUCUACAUGCAGGUGGCCUACCUCAAGGAGUCGGACCAGCCGCUCAUCCCCAAAUACCCUCAGGCCACCUUUGCUCACAUUGCAGAGCUUCUGGACGUGUGCAUGCUCGACAUGCGCUGCCUGGAGUUCUCCAACGGCAUCCUGGCCGCCUCGGCCCUCUUCCACUUCUCGUCUCUGGAGUUGGUAGAGAACGUGUCGGCGUUGAAGCGGGCGGAGCUGGAGGAGUGCGUGCGGUGGAUGAGGCCGUUCGCAGUGGCGCUGCGGGAGUCGGGCGGCUCGCCCACGAAGACGUUUGCGGGAGUGGCUGCGGAGGACAUGCAUAACAUACAGACGCACGCCCCCUACCUGACAUGGAUGGAGAAGGCGUCGUCCUACCAGGACUCGGACCUGGAGCGUCACCGCGACUGCCAGGUGCCGUACGGCAUCCUCACGCCGCCUCUGAGCAGCGAGAAGACCGACGACGACCGGGAUGCGCCGCAAGUGCGACCCAGGAUGCGCGGGGCCGAAUGGACGCUAACCCUGUAGAAUCAGUACCCUUUUUUUUUUUUUUCAGCUGGAAUUGAUCAUUUUUAAGGAAUCUUUUGGGACAGUAUGUGGUUUUUUUUUGUUUCUUUGUUUCUUUGUGCCAGUCACAGGACAUUUUUAUUUAAGACGAGUUGUCUUUUUUAUUUUCUAAAAAAAAAAAAAGAGGGUCCACGGACUGAUCCUGGAGUCUGGAGACUCCGUGCUGCUACACGGCCGGCGGGCUUUGCAUCAACGUGUGUGUGUGUGUGACAGUUCACUUGGCUAACAAAGAAUCCAAGUGACCUGAGCUUGAGAAGCUCAACUACGCUACUCACAAAGGUUGGGAAGAUUCCACCCUCAAGCCCAAUAUCGUUUUGUGAGUGAGUAGUGUAUAUUGACUGUAUUUAACAAGGACUUUAAAACUUCCCCACCCUGAAACCUAACCACCACCCGAAAACGUCUGUGCGACUUUUUUAGAAAUCAAAUGCUGCUACAUAUUUUUCAUUAAAGAUGUUUCUCAA